UUAAACUAGACUACGGUACCGACUAGCUAUCAUUCAUGCUGCACGACAACACAGAGCAUAAGAGGGGGGUGUGAUACGAGAGCUGCGAUAGCAGAGUCUGCCUGCUAUCUUAUGGUCUGGACCCUCGCUCGGACGCCUCUUUUGGCGCUUUUCUGGGGUUUCGCCCGCGUUUUCCCUGGUUGGGGCAGAACAGCACUGACAUCAUUGCCAUCAUGGGUGUGCACCAGAAUUCCACCGAAGAAUUGCAAUUUGAGAUUGCCGACUCUGCAUUGCUCCGUCCAGAGUUACACUCACCAUCGACCCCGUAAUAUCAUCAAUACGAACAGGAUUCGCCAUUUGCGGUUAGCAGAUUCAACACCAUAUGGCGGAAGGCGGAAGUUGAGACUAGAUAAACCCCUCGGGAGAAUGACUCGACCAGCGUGCCAGUCUCAAGAUCUUUUCUGGUCGGAUCUGGCUGACACCCCGUGGAUCGGUCCUGAGUCCUCCGUGCUCUCCAUUGCAAUCACGGCCCGGACGAUUCCAAAGCUAGCCGUGACAAUCAAACCGAACGCGGCUGGCAGGAACAAAACCAAUUUCAAUGCUCAAUGGACUAUCCACACGACAAGAAAGGCAUUUCUGCCCAUAUGGAGCCGAGUUAGGGCGGUAAGGCACCAUCGAGCAGCCUUAGGGCCGUUAUAUCAGAGAGGAAUACUCUUGUCAAGCGCUCCUGUCGCGGUAGGAGAUGGAUGGAUCGGCGCUGUCGGUCGGGUCGGGCACGGCACUCGAUCGACAUCGACAUGAGCCACUCUAGGAGAUUUCUUCUCUCCCAUUGACUGCUCAUCUACUCCGUAGCACCGCACAGCAAUGCACAGAUGGUUUGGGCACGGAAGAGAAGGAGAUCUUUUUUCUGGACUCACAUUCUCCGAGGGAUCGAUCGGAUGCUGUGCAACAAACAAUUGGGCUAAAAAUAGACCUU